GUUUCAUUUUUAAUGUCUCUAGUUCAGUGGCUCUGUGCAGAAGAAUUAGGGGAACACUGACAGAAAGAAAGAGCAGAGGAAAGGAAGAUGAUGAAAGAGAAGGAGAGUGUGAGCUUGGAAGGAAAGAAAGUGAUACUAGUACCUUACAUGAAAGAACACGUUCCCAAAUACCAUGAAUGGAUGCAAGACCCAGCUCUGCUUCAAGCCACCGGCUCUGAACCCCUCACUCUCGACCAGGAGUACCAGAUGCAGCUCACCUGGACCCAAGACCCCAACAAGCAGACUUUCAUUGUGUUAGAUAAACAAUUGAUUGUGGGAGAGUUCAAACAUGGAGAGGCUCAUGAGGAAGCCAUGGUAGGUGAUGUGAAUUUAUAUAUGAAUGACCUGGAUGAUCCCCAAAUGGGAGAGGUCGAAAUAAUGAUAGCUGAACCUAAAAGUCGUGGUAAAGGACAUGGGAAGGAAUCUGUCUUGCUGAUGAUGGCAUUUGCAGUUGUGAAUUUGGGAAUUCACCUUUUCCGUGUUAAAAUUGGAGAAUCAAAUGGCGGAUCUCUUAGCUUGUUCCAGAAACUGGGAUUUGAGGAGACUUCUCGUAGUGAAAUCUUCAAAGAGGUAACAUCGGAGCUACAUGUAACAAAGGCCAAGCAUGAGGAGCUACUGCAUUUGAUGGGUAGCUUGGUUACCCAUACCUAACUGUCAGUUACCUACUUGUUCAGGCUAUUAUCCCGUAUCAUUAUCAAAUCAAUUGCCACCCUUGUGCUUUGUAUGCCAAAAGGAUUUGAAGACGUGACAUAAACAUUAAUGCUAAUCUAACAUUAAAUCACUUAUUGAAGAUCAAUUAACUGGUGUCUCCUGUCCAUUUUUCACCCUUAUUUUAUUUA